UGGUUGCUGAAAAACCCUACAACUGCAAGGGGAUAGAAGAUAUGGCUGAAUACCAGCGUAGUCUUGAUUUAAAUUUUACCAUGACGGUGUAGUCCUCCAUCCAACAUUACCAACACAGCAACUAAAGUAAUGGUCUAAAAAGCAACACAAACCAGCCAUAAAGAUACUUUUGGAUCGGGAUGGUCUGUGAGGAGUGAUCAGUGUCAGAAAGCCUGUGUGUGUGUGUGUGUGUGUGUGUGUGUGUGUGUGUGCGUGUGUGUACACUACGGGGUGGCAACAGUACGAUGAGCUGCCCAGGAGCCAUCACAGUCUGCGGGGACUGACACACACCGCUGCUAAUACGGCAGUCGAUGCAGUCUUCCAGAGGCUCUCCCUCCCUGUGGCUGAAUAAACCGCAGCAGCAGCAGCAGCAGCAGCAUGUCCCGCGUCUCUUCCACCGCCAAGCGCUACACUGGCCCCUGCUACACCGGCCACUACAGCUCCUACAGCUCCUCCCUGACCCCAAGCCUUAGCUCCUACAGUGAGCGGGACAGGCUGUCUUCCUACAAGUCCCCCACAUCCUCCACCUCCACCUCUUCCUCAGGUUACUCCUCCAGCUAUCUGAGCAGCUCCGCCGCCCGCAGCCGCAACUAUAGCACCUCCUCAGAACCCGACCGCGACCGGAGUCGAACUAUCCCACGCACUGACAUCCUCGGGAGCAGCAUCAGCAGCCGCCGAAGUGAGAGCCUCAGCAGAACCCCCAUCAAGAGCUAUGGCGGGUUGGGGCUGAGCGGGGGAUCGGCCUAUACCGGCUACACUUCCUACUCCUCCGCCCAGUCCAGCUACCUCUCCUCUUCACCGGUGGCCUCCAGCAUCUCACUCAACCGACGGAAAUCUGUCUCCCAGAGUGACUUGAGCAGGGACUUGGCCUCUCUGGGCCUUAAUAAUGCCUCAUCCUCUUCCUCCAGCCCGUCUUCUUCCACUAGUGCCCUGCGGAGCUACCGCAGUCGGGCCAACGAUGUGGCCAACUCGUAUUGCACGAGCUCCCGUCCGUGCUACUCAGGCCUGUCGCGGAGCUCUACUCAGGAGGCCCUCUCACGGAGCUCCAACCAGGAGGCUUUCAGCAGCAGCAGCAGCAGCAGCAGCAGAGCAUUCAGCUCUUCGACAUGGGAGCCGAGCAGUAACAGGCUGUCCGACUCCACCACCAGGGACUCCACGAAUUCAAAGAGUGCCCAAGGCCUGGUGGGACUAAAGAACCUAGGAAACACUUGUUUCAUGAACAGUAUUCUGCAGUGUCUCAGCAACACACACAGCCUGAGAGACUACUGCCUGCACAACUCGCACCGCAGAGACCUUAACAACAACAGCCGCACCAACACAGCCCUCAUGGAAGAAUUUGCCAAGCUGUUACAGACAAUGUGGACGUCGUCCAGCAGUGAGGCAGUCAGCCCGUCAGAAUUCAAAACUCAGAUCCAGAGAUAUGCUCCCAGAUUCGUGGGAUACAACCAACAGGAUGCUCAAGAGUUCCUGCGUUUCCUCCUGGAUGGCCUGCACAACGAAGUAAACAGGGUCACUGUCAGGCCGAGAGGCUCUGUUGAGGACUUCGACCACCUGCAGGAUGAAGAGAAAGGGAAGAAGAUGUGGAAUAAAUAUCUAGAGAGAGAAGACAGUAAGAUAGUCGACGUGUUUGUAGGGCAGCUGAAGAGCUCUCUAACCUGCAGCCACUGUGGUUUCUGCUCCACUGUGUUCGACCCCUUUUGGGAUCUCUCUCUGCCUAUCGCCAAGAAGGGUUACGGUGAGGUGAGUCUGAUGGACUGCAUGCGGCUCUUCACCAAAGAAGACGUCCUCGACGGGGACGAGAAGCCGACGUGCUACAGAUGUAAAGCCAGGAGAAGAUGCACGAAGAAGUUCACAAUACAGAAGUUCCCCAAGAUCUUAGUGCUGCACCUGAAACGCUUCUCUGAGGCUCGCAGAACCAGCAAAUUGUCCACCUAUGUUAACUUCCCCAUGAAGGAUCUUGACCUGCGGGAGUUUGCCUCUGAAAACAGUAUAAAUGCAGUGUACAACCUGUAUGCAGUUUCCAACCACUCAGGCACCACUAUGGGCGGCCACUACACAGCCUUCUGUCGCAAUCCCAACUCGGGAGAAUGGUACACAUUUAAUGACUCCAGAGUAACGCCGAUGUCCUCCAGCCAAGUGCGCAGCAGCGACGCCUACGUCUUGUUCUACGAGCUGGCUUCCUCCUCGCGGAUGUGAAGCCUCCUUGAGGACGGCGGGCCACAGCACCACUCUGACUGACGGACAGAUGGAUAAGGAAAAUAAAGACUGUUGGUGGAGCCGGGCCUAUUUUGGACUUAUAUUUUAACAUAUAUCACACACAUACACACACACACACAUGCACACACACUCUCAAAGGCACAGAUCCCCACCAGCCUGGAGACUGCUUCUCUCCACACAGAGAGGUACACUCUGGAAACCACAGGAACCUGAACAACCAGCCCUGCUUUCUCUCUCACUGUCUUUACUCACAUGUCUUGCUCAUUUCAGGGUGGAGAUGUGUGUGUGUGUGUGUGUGUGUGUGUGUGUGUGUGUGUGUGUGUGUGUUUACCGUGUGUGUGUGUGUGUGUGCGUGUGUGCGUGCGUGUGAGUGUGCAAGGUUGACACAGCGCAAUAAUCCCAUCUGACCGACAAACCGGUGAAUCUGUCCCUCUCUAUGCACUGCAAACAUCCUGACCGCGCCUUCACUUCUUUUUCUUCAACUCUUCAUCUUCUUGUUUGCCUCAAAGCAUUAAAACUCACUUGUUGCAAUUUUAACCUUUUUUCUUCUUUGAAUUUAAACUUUUUUUUGUUUGUUUUUUGGGGAAGCAUCAUCAUCAGCACCACCAGUUUGGACUGUGGAUACGUAGUGCUUAGAAUGUGACUAUAACAGGACUGCUCACGGAUUCAAGGAGCUUACAGCCCACCGGCCGGCUUGCUGUCCACGGCUUCCCCUCCCACUGCACCGCAACACUCCCAAUGUCUCUGUUCGCAUCUUCUUCACGCUCUGUCUUUCUGCUGCGGUGGUCGGGAGGCCGGUGGCACUGUGAGUGCAACUUGAUUCAGAGGACGACCCUCUUAACUUGUGUUUUAUUUAAAUUGUUUGUCCCACGUGUGGCUGCUACUGAUGUUUUAAAAGUGCUGUGAAUGGAUGAAUGGACAGUCCAGCACGGAUCUGCUAAGGAUUAAUAAUAUAGAUGAUAAUAACGUUAACAAUCCUCAUCGUCAAGCAUGAGGUCUUUUCUUCCUCUCUUGUUUCAUGCCAUUGAACAACACAAAAAGAAUGUUUUAAAGAAGAAGAAGACACUAUAUCUGUAUAUUUUUAUAUCCUGAUGCAACAUAGAGAAUGUACUAUUCAAUGGUGCUGAAAAUGACCCAUAACUGUUUACAGUUGGUUUAUUUCCCAGGUUUCAAGAGAGAAAAAAAAGUAAUUAUUUAUGCUUACAGGUGAUAAUGUGAUGAGUCACACUUUUUAACAGUGGCAGUCAAACACAUGAGCAUAUAUAUAUAUAUAU